GAUCACAAAUUAUUUUUACAUUAUUGCAAGUUGAUUACAUGUAUACGUUUAUCGGACACACGUGUGAGUUUAUUAAUGCGCCCGCGGGUUAUAAUCGUUGCUUGAGAUUACGCGAAGCGGCGGGAAGCGUUCCUUUUUUUUCCUCCGGUACGGGGCGAUUAAACGUUCAAAAUGGGUUUUUUAUCCGUUUUGCUGUUAUUGCAUCCGUAUGGGGGGAGAACAUGAUCGGUGUCCUUUUUACGGUAUAUUUAUUUUAAGGGCGGUCGGGUCGUGUACGCACACACAUGCGGCGGCUAUAGUACGAGCGAAGCUGACAGGUGCCUGGGCAAAAAAGCAGGACCGUGAGCGGGCGUAGUAUGUAUAAUGAUUAACAAUCGAUAAACUAGCAAAAUUAGGGCAAGAGCCUAUGCACGAGUGAAUAAUGAACAACGUGUUUGCUGGAGUCAGACGAGGCUGCCUAUUAUUAUAUUCUCCGUAAUGGAUCGAGGUCAUCGUGAGGCUGAUUUUUGGCGGGCGCUCACGAGAAGGUAACGCGUGUCGCGCGGACGAAAUCAUGAAUGACCCGCGCGUGGGGAGCAUGACGAUCCUGACGGAGGAGAAAGCGAGUGAACACGAAGAAGAUGAAGAAGAAGAAGAAGAAGCAGCAGCAGCAACAGGAGCAAGAGGAGGAGGAGAAGGACGCGUGUAAUACGCGCGCCGGCAGAUGUUCGGGCGCGCCUGCCGCCACCCCCGGUCGCCACGAAGAGAGACCGCAGCGGCGAAACCCCCGCCGUUGGUGCCGCCGCAACGGCAAGUGCAGCCGCGAUGCAGCAAGUGCAACGUACCCUGAAUGAGGGGAACGUGGCCACGCGAGUGGGCGGCGCGUGUUCCCUCGUACCCCCGCCGCCUUCCCAACAUUCCACCCUCCGGUUUUCGACACCGAAGGGCCGCGCACCGCCGGAGAGGGGGCAGAUCUUCGUCCUCUCGGGCCGCUCCUUGGAGGAAAAGCGUAGCCUCGGUACGCUGAUAGUCUCCGAAGAGGCGCGGAUACGGUCGGUGCUGCGAGAGCUUCUCCUUAUCGGCGGCAGCCGGCGUCGACGCGCGCCGUUGCUCCGUCUCUUCGGCUGUGUUGUUUCUCGCGAUCGCUAUCGCUAAGCGCGUGCCACCGAGAGAGCGUACCCUCCAACGGAAAAGACCGGCGCGAUAAGCCAGCGGCCCGCGCAAUCGGCGCGUGCAUGUCGAUACGUUGAUACCACGGCUGCCGUCGCGACGACGAGUCCGGAACGAAGGAGGAGGAGGAGGAGAUGCACCUCGAGGAUUACCACGGCGAAGGGAGCGAGGAGGACGUGCGAGUGUCAGCCGGACAGGACGACGAUUUCGCGGACGACGGCUCGUCGCAGCUGGUGACGUCAAUGGCCUUCACCACGAUGAGCAUCGGCGUGGGCCAGCCGCACUGUUGGGCGGCCUCGCAGCCGGACCUUUUCUCCCCGCUCGACUCGGGCGCGGAUCCGCGGGAGUACCUCGACUGGGAUCAAGUGCCCGCUGUCUUUCAGUUUCCCUCUCAGUAUCCCUCCAACGGCGACGCCGGAUCGCCGGAGAGCACGUGCAGCGAGGCGAUCACGCCUACCUGGAGCAACGGCCCAGCGGCCACGAGAACGGACGAUGGCUCGGAGGAUAAGUCCGACUGUUUGGCGCAGAGGCUACCCUCCAUGGGCUCGGCCUUCUCCUUCUCCCGCACCUUCUGCAACACGGUUUAUCCGGAAUACAGCGCCGAGGCGCAGAGCUACCAGGACUACCAGGACUGCCAGGACGUGGUGUCGCUGCUGAUGAGCAUGCAGAAUGACAGCGCGCAAGAGCACUACGGGCCCUCGCCCACGCAGACGUCCGUCGGCGACGAGUUCGACCUGAGCCUGAUCAGGGGCGACCCGACCUCGCUGUUGAGCGGCGUGGUGGACUCGCCCUCGUCGCCGCCGUCCUGCCUCGGCGACAACCUCCGGCAAGAAUCAUUCCAGAGCUUCAACGGUCAGUACUACGCUGUCGGACAUCUCGUCUCGUCGCAGCAGCCGUCCGCGCUGUCGUCAAUCAGCUUCGCCGGCGAGCUCGCCGCGGAGAGCUUCGGCAACCAGGUGAUAUUGCCGCGCAACGAGGGUCUGCUGCUCGGCAACCGGCGCGUCGCUGCCGCCGUGGAGAAUGAGAAGAGCAAUAAGUCCUACGAUUGCACGCAGAAACCCGCGGAAGACGGCUUCGACUCGACUUACUUGUGCCGUUGGAUCGACUGCGGCUGUACGUUCACCGAGCAGGAGGGUCUGGUGCGGCACAUAGAGAGGCGGCACGUGGAGUCGUCCUCGGCGAACGCGCACGGCCACGGCCGACGGAUGCAGCGGGACCGCGACAAGGAGCAGCGAGAGGGCAAAGAAGGAGCAGGAGAGGGUUUCUCGGCGGCGAGCCGUGAAGACGAGUUCGCCUGUCUGUGGCAAGGGUGCCCGCGCGCGCGACCCUUCAACGCGAGAUACAAGCUGCUCAUUCACAUGCGAGUACACACCCACGAGAAGCCGAACAAAUGUACGUUUCCGGGAUGUAAAAAGGCCUUUAGCCGCUUGGAGAACUUGAAGAUUCACCAGCGAUCGCACACGGGCGAGAGGCCUUACGCGUGCCAACAUAACGGUUGCUCGAAAGCGUUUAGUAAUAGCAGCGAUCGGGCCAAACAUCAAAGGACACACUAUGAUAGAAAGCCAUACGCUUGUCAGGUAAGCGGCUGCGGUAAGCGCUACACGGACCCAUCGAGUCUCAGAAAGCACCUGAAGAAUCACUCAGAAAACUCCGGCACAUUGUCGAGUUUGUUGUCGUCUGACAAAAUGUCCAUGUCAGUCGCCGCGAACAAUGCAACGGUGCAUGGAUUAAGUUCGACGGUUCCGCACCGGCAAGACGCAAAAGCGAAUCAUCAUCCGCCGUACGAGCUGUCCAAAACGUAUGUGAAAGAGGAGGACGCGUUGUCCAACGAUACGCACACUAGGAUCCCCAUUAACUUCGACAACAACCAGCAGGAAUACGUGCCGAUUGAGUCGGUUUGUCACCUUCUCAUCAACGACGUCCACAACGUGCACAACGAAAGUGCAGGAUAUUGCGCGGCCGCGGAGGACGACGUGCCGGAUUUCCACGAGCUUGGCGCCGACAUCGAGCGGCAGUUCCACGAGCUAAGCGCCCUGGACGACGCUAUUUUCAUCGACGGAUAAUUCCCCCCCCCCCUCCUCAGCGGGAGAACCGCUUUUUCUUCUCUCUCACGGAGGCGAGAAGACGAAGGGGCACCAUCCUGACCGUCGUGAUCUCAUUGUCGGCGCGACGCGCUGCGUUUCCAAAGACUCGUUUGUUUCCUCGUAUUUUUCUUCUCCCCCCUUCCUUUUGUACGAGCAUUUUUAUACUUAUUAUUAGUACCGUUGACAAAUCAUAUAUAUUUUUGUACAUAGUCACAUAUGAAUAUUAUAAUAA